UUGCGUCACAUCCAAAUAGAAGGCUUGCUCUGUACUUAAGAGCUCUCUGUUUUCUCCUUCCUUCGUGUAUACACACACCAUUUUGUGUUUUUGUUUCUGAAACAAUGACGGUCCAAAAGGCAUUCGUUGCAAUGCUUAUUGCAUCCUUUCUACUAGUCCAUUUCGUUAAUGCUCAAAAGGUUGACUACAGCAAGCCACCAGCAUCAGCCCCUCAAGGUCCACAGCCACUAGAUUGCAUAGGAGCUUGUAAAUAUCGGUGCAGUGAGUCGUCUAGGCAAAAUCUAUGCAACAGAGCAUGUGGAAGCUGCUGCCAUAGAUGCCACUGUGUGCCACCAGGGACUUCUGGAAAUUAUGAAGCAUGCCCUUGCUAUUUCAAUCUUAUGACUCAUAACACCACCCGCAAAUGCCCUUAAUCCCUUCUUCUUAGUUUUUAAAUUUGUUCCCCAAAGGAAGUCCAUUUUAAAAAAAAAACACAAAAAAACAGAGUGUAACUUCCAAUUCAAUUCAAUGUUCCUUCUGUUUACGAAGCUUGUGAUGCAAUAAUACAUAAGUAUUUAUAACUUGUUCAUAAUGA